UUCUAUCUGAGAAAAUAGGGAGAAACAAAGACAGAUAAAGACAGCAGGGAGCUGGACCUGCUGUAGACAGCCCCCAGACAUACACAGGAGUAUAAAUACCAGCAGCUCCCUGGCACAUCCCUGAGAGACGGAGAGAGAAACAACGGCACACACACUGACCGCUGACACAGACCAGGAGAUGGAGACACAGGCACGCCAGACGGGCAUUCAGACAGACACGCAGACGGGAGGGUCAGCGAUCAGGGAGAGCUAUCAGAAGUUCGACCCACAAGCGUACCUGCAGAAUAACUACACCCCCCCCCGGGCCGACUUCUCCCGACCGGACAGCAUCGUACCCUGGAAACUGAACUGCCUGCGAGAAGCCUUCAGCCAGGGUGAUAUCUCGGGCCGCACUCUCAUUGAUAUCGGCUCGGGCCCCACAGUGUAUCAGCUGCUCAGCGCCUGCGAGUUCUUCCCGGAGAUCAUCCUGACAGAUUACCUGGAGGUGAACCGUCAGGAGCUCCGCCGCUGGCUCCGCAACGAGGCCGACACCUUUGACUGGACCCCCUACAUACAACACGUGUGUGAGCUGGAAGGCAAGGGCAGCUGUGCUUGGCCUGCCAAAGCGGCUCGUCUGCGCUCGGUGGUGAGUCAGGUGAUCCCGGUGGAUGUGCAUCGCUCAAACCCGCUGCACCCCCGAGUCCUGGCCGAGCCGGCAGACUGCCUGCUGUCCUGCUUCUGCCUGGAGGCUGUGAGCCCAGACCGGGAGAGCUUCCAGCAGGCGCUGAGGAACUUGAGCUCCCUGCUGCGGCCUGGUGGGCACUGCCUGCUGAUUGGGGCUCUAGACGAGUCCUUCUACCUGGCCGGGGAGGGAGCGCGAAUCCCUGUGGUGCCUGUGGACCAGCCCUUUGUGAGCAGCAGCCUGCAGCACUGCGGCUUCCAGAUCCUCACCUUCCACACGUACACGCUGCCACCCAGCAUGAAGGUGGGGGUCGACGACGUGGCGGGCAUAUUCUUCGUCAAGGCCAAGAAACUGUAGAGCGGGAGGAGAGGGGGAGUGGGAGAGGAAGACAUAGGAGGCUUCUUGUUAACGUUUAGUCUUAUACAGCUAAUUGUUGGUUUGUUUUUCUGAUUUUUUAAUUGCAUGUGUAAUGCUGCCAUCUGCAGGGAGUUAGUACAAAUGACAUGUUAUAUCUCUGAACUGUGUGAAGAAUGCAAUUCAGAUUAAUACAUUGUGCCUUAAACAAAAUCAAACUAUCCUUUAUUAAAAUGCCUCUGUAUACCUCUGUAUCUGUGUAUAUGUACCGUACAUCCCCUGCUAAAUAAAAUGAUUACAUUUUACCCUCGUCUCAAAAUGGCUUUUUACAAUUCCAGUGCAGAGAACAGUGAAGAACGCAGCCUCUCUCCCUCUCUCAGCACCGCAGGUGAAUUUCAGGAUUGGAGGGAGUGGGGUUUGCAGAAAGCAAAAUAACCCAAGACACAGGCUCACAGAGACACAGGCUCACAGAGACAC